GCUUUCCUCUGCGUGUACGUGCAGUCGGCUCCAUUUUCCUGCUUCCGCCGUCUGCGGCAUCGAGGGUCCCGGCGGUUCGCACCGCAGGCAUCAGUGUCAUUUGAGGAUGUUACUGUGGAAUUCACCCGGGAGGAGUGGCAGCAGAUGGGCCCUGCUCAGAGGACCCUGUACAGAAAUGUGAUGCUGGAGAACUACAGCCACCUCGUCUCAGUGGGGUACUGUGAUUUCAAACCAGAAGUAAUCUUCAGGUUGGAGCAAGGAGAAGAGCCUUGGUUCUCAGAGGAGGAAUUCUCAAACCAGAGUCACCCAAUUCUAGAAUAUUACAGAGAUGAUGACCUGAACAAGAGGAACGAGAAAAUCAAAGAACAACACUUGCAGCAAGUAAUACUCACCAAAAAUAAAACAUUGACUAGAGAGGAAGAGGAAGAGGAAAUUUUGGGAAAACCAUUUAGUCUGCAUAUAGCUCCUGUUUCUUCAACAAAAAUAUCCUGCAGAUAUGACUCGUGGGGAAUAAAUUUGCACACUAUUUCUGAAUUUAUCAUUAAUAAUAGAAAGCCUUCAGCAAAGAAACUGGGUUACCAUAAUAUAUGUGAGAAUUUGCCUUUCAAAAUGAAGUUUGAGAAAACUCAGACUGAAGAGAAAUUUUAUGAAUAUAGUAAAAACAUGAAAGCUCUCAGCCAUAAUGAAAAUCUUCCUGAGCAUGAGAAAUUUCAAACUUUGGAGCAAACUUUUGAAUGUACUGAAAUUGGAAAAUCCUUUAAUGGUAAGGCUGACUAUGUUACACAUAAGAAUUCUCACACAGGAGAAAAAUCCUGUAAAGAUGAUGAAUUUAGGAAAAACUGUGAUAAGACAACUCUUUUUGACCACAGGAGAACUUGCACAGGGGAAAAAUACCCUCAUCUUAACCAAAAUGGGAAAUCCUUUCAGAAGUCAGCUGUGAAAGAAUAUAAUAAAUUUAACAUGCCUGUGAAACAUUUUGAAUGUAAUGCAAGUGGAAAUAAUUUCAACAGGAAAUCACACCUCACUCGACCUCAGAAAACUGUCCCAGGAGAGAAUCCAUUGGUAUGUAAUGACAAAACAGAAACUGGGAAUAAGUCCUUUGAAUAUCAUGAUAAGAAAUCCUACCAAACAUCAGUCCACAAAGUACACCAGAGAACUCACUCAGAGGUAAAACCCUAUAAAUGUAAUGAAUGUGGAAAAUCUUUCUGUCAGAAAGGACAUCUCAUUCAACAUCAGAGAACUCACACGGGAGAGAAACCAUUUGAAUGUAAUGAAUGUGGAAAAACUUUCUCCCAGAAGUCACACCUCAGUACACACCAGAGAAUUCACACAGCAGAGAAGCCCUAUAAAUGUAAUGAAUGUGGGAAAACAUUUGUCCAGAAAUCAACCCUCAGGGGACAUCAGAGAAUUCACACAGGAGAGAAACCCUAUGAAUGUAGUGAAUGUGGAAAAACUUUUGUUCAGAAGUCAACCCUCAGAGAUCACCAUAGAAUUCAUACAGGGGAGAAAUCCUUUCAGUGUAAUGAAUGUGGAAAAACUUUUGGACAGAAGUCAAACCUCAGAAUACAUCAGAGAACUCACAGUGGGGAGAAAACUUAUCAAUGCAAUGAAUGUGAAAAAUCUUUCUGGCGAAAAGACCACCUCAUUCAGCAUCAGAAAACCCACACGGGAGAGAAACCAUUUAAAUGUAACGAAUGUGGGAAAACUUUUGCCCGCACAUCAACCCUCAGGGUGCAUCAGAGAAUUCACACUGGGGAGAAACCAUUUAAAUGUAAUGAAUGUGGGAAAAAAUUUGUCCGGAAGGCAAUCCUUGGCGAUCAUCAGAGAAUUCAUACAGGGGAGAAACCCUUUCAAUGUAAUAAAUGUGGGAAAACUUUUGGCCAGAAAUCAAACCUUAGAAUACAUCAGAUAACUCACAGUGGGGAGAAAUGAAUGCAAUGAAUAUGGGAAAUUAUAUAAGAAAUCAUCCUUAAAUGUAUGUCAGAGAAUUCAGGGAGGGGGGAAAAGCCUAUUGAUGCAAUAACUGUAGAGAAUCCUUCUGACAAAAGGAACAUCCCAUGUACUAUCAGAGAUACAGGAAAAACUAGUUGAAGGUGGUGUAAGAAGAUAGUCCCAGAAAUCAACCCUCCCAGUACAUCAGAGAAUUCACAAAAGAGAAACCAUAUGAGUAUGAAUGUAGGAAAAAUUUUGUCCCAAAGGGAAAGAGUACAUCAAAGAAUUCACACAGGCUUCUGUUUCUUUGAAGGAACUAUGCAAAGUCCUUCUGAAUGAAGUCGUGCCCUAUUAGAUAACCUCACAUAUCACACAAGCCGGUAAUUUGUUCACCAGUAACAAUUUCAUUUUUCCUAUGGGCACAUAACUAGUCUAAAUCCCAAUGUUCCUUUCAUCUAAGUGGAUCUUUGUGAGUGGCUACUGGAAUGUGGAUGCCUAUGAUGUAUACCACAUCCAGUUUUGUAAAGUAAAAGACUUCCCUGACAAACUACCAGAAUAAAAUGGAUAUGAUUUCUAGGA